AUGGGUACUGAUAUGAACGAUCUUCCGCCAGGAAUCACCAUCGACAUCCUCUCAAGACUCCCCGUUCGAACCAUCAUGAACUCCAUCUGUGUUUGUAGGUCAUGGCGCGAUUUGGUGAAGAGCCCCUACUUUGCCUCGUUGCAUUCUCGUCAGGCAGCCUUGUCCCCCGCCCGCCUCCCCGCCUUUAAAGAUCUCAGGUUUUCAAGGGCAUACUCCUUCUUAGGGUUUAUUGGUGAUAAUGAGCUGAUUCUCAAACCACCCAAAGGUUCGGUUCUCUCUCACCAUUUUCCAAACCCUAAUAAACCAUUUAUACAUAGCUCCCUUAAUGGCUUGCUUUUCAUGAUCGACAUGGACUCCUUGUUUGAAGUAUUCGUAUGCAAUCCAAUCACUCGUGAGUACGUCAGGAUCGAUAUGGGUCGUAAAUGUGAAAUGGGUCGUGAUAUGGGUCGUAAAUGUAAAUCAAAAGAUUAUUCAUUUGGGUUUGGAAUGAGUAAAAGUGGUCGGUAUAAGAUUGUUAGGAUUUUUGCCCAUGUGAGUUUUCCCAUUACAUGUCAAGUACACACUCUAGGAAUGAAGCAUUGGAAAAGCAUUACAAUUGAUAGCCAAUUGGAAUUGUUUUAUCAAAUGGAUGUGCCUUAUUUUAUGAAUGGGAAUCUUCACUGGCUUACGUGUACUUAUGCUGAUAAAAGUAACCCUCCUAGGGUUUAUUGCAUCGAUCUUGAAACCGAGUUAUUCAACUAUUUUUCUUGUCCUCCUAGUAUUCAACAUUGUCAAAGAAGUUACUAUUAUGCGCUAUCUGUUUUGGGUGGAUGCUUGAGCUUAAGCAAUGAUGACUUUGAUAAUAAGGUUGAAAUAUGGUGCAUGAAGGAAUAUGGCGAUGACAAAUCAUGGACUAAAGAUUAUGUCAUCAAGAGAAAACCACGUAUGCUCAAACUUCCUGAUAUUUUCUAUUGUCUUUUCCAAGGUAGAAUACGUUAUAAUAUACAUGAUGUUGUUUUGGAUGUCGAAACUAUAGAGGGUUUUGUGGAACGCCAAAAUCUCUUCCAUGAUACGCUUUAUCCCGUUAAAGCAUUCGAAGAUGGGGGAGUCUUACUCGCUCUAGAAAGAUCUUCUCGACUAUUUUACUACUCGAACGUGACUAAAGCUAUUCAAGAGAUCAAGAAAGAGAGGAAUCAUAAUAGUUCCAACAUAGUUAUUCAUAGUCCGAGUUUAGUUUCGCUCAAAUCCUUGGUGAUGGAGAAUAUGAGGGUAGAAUAUAUUGCUUAUUAG